AUGUAUAUUAUUGCGGAAUCGACGACCAACAAGUGUUCCAAUCCCGGGCAAUUGUCACUGAUCUGUGGAUCUAUCCAUCCUACGAGCAACAGACUGCGUUCCUUGUUUUCAAGCAGAAAAAAAACCGAAAGAACUCAUAUUAUAAUCUAUCUAUCUCAUGCUAUCUAUCUAUCUAUCCCUUCAUCUCUCUCUCUCUCGAUCUAUCUAUCUCAUUCUGUUUAUAUCUAUCUCGUCGAUGGUUUAGUAGCUAAAUUGUCACUGAUUUCAUUAAUAUUCAGUCUGAUUUUCAUUCUUAUUUUUAUCUAUCUAUCUAUCUAUCUCUCUAUCUAUCUAUCUAUCUAUCUAUCUAUCUAUCUAUCGACUCCUGGUCUUCCUUACUUUCUCCUCUUUUAUUCCUUUUUUAUACUGCUCUCGUCUUUCUAUCUAAUAAUUCAGUCUUUUUCUUCAGUCCUUACUUUCUCUUAUAUUUCCUUUUAUACUGCUCUCGUCUUUCUAUCUAAUAAUUCAUCCUUACUUUCUCUUCUUUUAUUCCUUUUUUAUACUGCCCUCUUCUUUCUAUCUAACAGUUCAGUCUUUCUCUUCAGUCCUUACUUUCUAUUCUAUUUCCUUUUUAUACUGCUCUCGUCUUUCUAUCUAAUAAUUCAGUCUUUCUCUCCAAUACUUACUCUAUCCUCUUCUAUUCCCUUUUUAUACUGCUCUCGUCUUUCUUCUUUCUCUCCAAUACUUUAUCCUUUUCUAUUCCCUUUUUAUACUGCCCUCGUCUUUCUAUCUAACAAUUCAAUCUUUCUCUUCAGUCCUUACUUUCUCCUCUUCUAUUUCCUUUUUAUACUGUUCUCUUAUUUCUAUCUACCAAUCCAGGUUUUCUCAUCUUUGAUUCAUUCACUCACAUCUUAA